CCCUGGGAGACCUGGAUGGAUCCAGCCCCGAGCACGGGUUCCCCCUCCAGCCCUGGCACAGCAGGCAGCGAGCAGGGAUUUGCUCUGCGUGGCACUCCUGGGCAGGGCGUCUUUUGCGCGGCGCCGCUAGUAGACAAAUUACAGCCUUGCCUCUGUCAAGUCCCUCCCUCCCCGCCUUGGCCUGGAUGCCUGCGCAGGUUUCGGGGGCUUUCUGAGACUCGUGAAGCCGGCAUGUCUUUCAGCAGGAGGAACUGGUCCGAUCUCUCCAGCCUGGCCAAGCAGAGGACGCUUGAGGAUGAAGAAGAGCAGCAAAGGGAGCGCCGGCGAAGGCACCGGAGCCUGCUGUCCUCCUCAUCGGUGGAUGAAGAACCUCCGAGCCCAGUGAAAGACCCCAGCCCAACGCCCAGCAGGCCCCAGUCCCUGGUGAAGCCGGCGUCUCCAGAGGAAGAGGAGGAGCGCAAGCUCUCGGAGGUGUUGAAGACGCAAGAAGGGAGACGGACAAGGUCCCCGAUGGCCGUGUCUGAGAAGCCAAAACAGGAGAAGGAGCAGCGGGAGGCAGCAGUGGGAGCGAACAGUGUGCAGGCUGCAGCUCAGCCCCGUGCGGGGCAGGAGAGCGGCCGGGCUGCAGAGCAAGGUCAGGAUGCGGUUACGGGCAAAGAAGCCCCACCAGGAGACCAGCACCCAGAGCCAGCCUGCGAGAGGAAGGUGGUGGCGAGGGGACGUCUGCAGGACAAAGAGGGACAAGGCACGGGGACACCCCGAGGGGAACAGCGGAGGGUCGAGGGGGAGCCACAGCAGCAAGCGGCUCCGGAGCUGGGGACCUGCCGGGUCCGUGAGGUGAAGAUCCUGACCCGAACGAGGAUCCGCAGCACGGAGGAGAAGAUAGCCUCGGAGGGGACCCCGUCUCCGGAGCAGCAGCAUCCACCCAGGAGCCCCUUAAAGGAGGUAGUACAGCCAUCUCCCACCCAAGAUGAACCUCCAGAAAAGUCAGAUGCUUCUCGAAAUUAUGCCACUUACAGUAGCUCCAUCAGAAGAAGCAGCCCAAGGACUGUCUCCUUUCGGGUGAUCUCAAGGAAACAGAAAGAAGAAGAUGAAAGCCCUCUCACAAGGAGCGCAAGCCUGAGGAUCCCAGGUAGCAACACCACCAUCGAGGAGAAGCUGGAAAAGUACACCUCGGCCGUGCAGCGCUCGGGGUCGGUGAGAUCUUCCGUGACUGUUCAGAAGAGCCUCGUGGUGACCUCGGAGGGGGUGGCCAGCAAGCGCAACUUCUUCGAGGCCAGUGCUCCCAGCAAGGCUGAGCCGCUCGCAGCCAGGAAGGACAACCUGAAGAUCCCGGGGUCGGUGACGUCCCGCAUUAAUCUGUGGAUCAGCCGAACUCAGGAGCCUGCCAAGGAGGAAAAGAGCAAGGACAUCGGGAAAAUAAACAGCCUGCCAAAGCGUGACGUCUGGGUAAAGCAGCCCAGAGACGCCCCUGCAGGCACCAAGGUUGAUGUGGAGCUGCGCUGAAAACUGCUCUGAGCUGGGGCAGAACUGGGACCUGCUCGCCCAUGCAUCACCCCCAGCCUCAGCCCCGGCCUCACUGUUUCUCACUUUCUCUUCCAGCUGCAAUAAUAUUAUUUGCAAUAAUAUCAGAUGAUCUGGGGG